AUGGAACUCAACCUUUUGAACUACAAAGAAACCAGCAAGUUUGCAGUGAAGUGGGGCCAGCGUUUGACCCUUGGCUCGGAAACAAAGUCUUGGAAGAAGACUCAUUACAACAGCUGCAAGUUUCCAGUUCACUUCAGCGAUGUGUCGCGACCCAGUGCAUUCCAAUUUAGACUCCUUGACAGUGGGACCAAUUCGUGGGUGGAGGGCCAGGACGAACGUCCCACCUUAAAGAAACGGUGUACCUUUGUGCUCCCGAAAGGUCCAUAUUGCCACCUGCAAUACGCCGUGGAUACUUUUCGGCAUACGGAAAACGAGAUACUUGCGGAUCAGGAGAACUGCCACCAUAAAGUCAGCCUUCACGAAUUCAUCGCCUUUGGGUGCCUUCGUGCGGGUGAGCGUGUUCAGUGGCACAACAUGAUUCGGGAACUCGCAUCCACAGCCCUCUCCUUCAACGAAGAGUCGAUUAGUGUGCUCUUCCGCCAGGCCGCCUGGGAGAUGGGUACACCUGAACCUGGGAAUUAUCUACGCAAGGCCCAUCGGGAACUGCAGCCGUUCCUCGACCAGCUUUUGGAAACCUUGGAGCAGAGGCUCGACUCCAUCGAGACGAAUUGGAACCAGCACCAAACUUUGCACAUUCUGGUAAUCCUAAGCCUUCGGGCUCUUAGUAUCUCCGAUGAUCCUGCCACUACCGAAAGGGCGCUGCGGUUUUUACGACGGAGUAGAAAAAUUGCGGUGGAAUGGUGCGAUGAGUUGACCCUGGCCCUUGGUGGUCCAACGGGAGGACAGAGCGAUGUACAACAGGCGUUGAUUGUCAGAGUUGGAGGGAUCUGCCAACUUACGUACUGGGUGGAGCCUAAGCAUGUGCAUGCAGUAUUACAAAGCCGAGAUGACCUUUACCAUCUCACGCGCUCUUCGAUUAUGGUGUUCGAGAACUCACCACAGAAUUGGGAAGGAGCUCCGACGGAUGCCAAAUCGACCCUGGUCCGCGCUGCAACGGUCUUGCACAGCUUGGAACAGCAUACGCGUCAGCUGAUCACCGAAGACGCCUCCGGUCUGGUUGAUGCAAUUCGAAAGAGUGCACCUAAUUCGGAAUUUGAAGCCGCAUGGGAGUUCUGUCCUGGGAAUGCGGCACGCUGGGCAACUAACCAAUCCGUUACAGCUCUGAUUGGACGAUGCCAGACUGUGCAUUAUAAUCUUCUCAGCGGGGAGCUACUCAUCGACUGUGCACCUCCUGGCCGUCUCCCAAAGGAAUACACGGAGAGCCCUCUGUUCAAAAGGAUCUUUGGAUCGUCGACAAUUACUGUGGUCCCCUCAAACCUUCCAGGGUCGGUCUUCAUGUCUUCACGACGGUUUGGAGACUACCAAGUACACUUCAGCAUGCACGACAAUGAGCUCAUUAUCAAAGCACACAAUAACAGUGGCGUUCUACGGCUUGUUCCCCAUGACAAGCUCCAAGAGGAUUUUCCCGAUGCCUUCAUCUCCGACUGCGUGCAUUGGCUGGAUGAGAACUGCACUCUGGAAUUUCGUACGCUCCGACAAAUUUGGGAACCAUGUUCGCGUAACUGGCGCCUGUCCUUUUGUCUCAGCACAGGGCAAGGUGUCAUGACACAGGGCCAUAGAACGUUGGUCGACAUUCAUGGCCAAUUAUUUCAACAGUUGGCAAAAGUCCUAGGAUUGUUGGACGAGCCUCGGUAUAUGAACGUGGUUGCCGAUCAAGGCACUGUGGAAAUAGAAUUGGUGCGGCUGCGGCUGAGGUUUUUCCUUAAUGCGGACGGUUCGCUGGAAUCUCGCGAGCUCAUUGCAACCGUUGACAAGGACCAGGACAUCGGAUGCUUCUACGGGCUAGAAAGCAAGGUGGUCCUACGGAGCUUGAGCGAGCGCCAGUCCCGAUCUGUUCUAAUACCUUAUGGCCACGCGAAACUGUCGACGAGACCGCAGCAUACUCGCGUGUCCGUCCGCCCACCACAUGGGUCCCGCAACCAAUACUUCCGUUACACGCUUGAUACCCAUCUGCAGAUGCUUCGAGGCCCUCAUGACAUGCUCAGUACCUUAUACCAAGCGUACUUGCACGCGCUGACCGGGUUUGUCCUGCCUGACCCUGCGACGAGGAGGCCCGGAACGGACGAAGCCCUCCGAAUAUUGCGACAGGAAUGGCUGAGGACUCCAUUUCCUCUAGACGCGGGGUGUGUCCAUCUUUUACGGCGGGUCGCCUCGCUCACACCCGAGCGCCGCUAUUAUCCCAAACAUUUGAAAUCCAUGCAGACAGUAUCCUGGAACGGCGAACUUGGCCAGAUGGCUCAAGCUGACGAUUUCAGAUUCCUUGUCCAGGAAAUUGUGGACCAUGCAAACAGGUUUACCCGCCUUUAUAGUAUCCACGACGAUGAGAUACAGGCAGCGAAGAAGUGCUACCGCGACCGCGGCGACCAGUACCUGCUAGAUAGAGCUCGUUCGCGCAACACACACUUCCGGCGCUCGGAGGCCGAUGCCAGACAGGCGUGUCCAACGCCAGAUACUUCACCAUACGAGGCCCGUGACCGGGGCCUACAGAGUGACCGUAGCCGUCGGGUAUAUACAAUAGCUGCGCUAGUCCGCAACUGGCCAUCAUCCUCGCCGCCCGGCCAGGACAUCCUUGAGACCAUCAAACAAUGGCAAUACGUGUGCACAUCAGGCCGGUCCCUCGAGGACUACACGUGCACCGAGCUCUUGCAUUUAUCGCUUGGAGACGCAUGGGGUACUCUGUACGAGAAGUGUGGGUCUAGCGACCGAACUCAGGACUCGUACAGCCUCAUGUCUCUCUUCAGUAUGAUUGUGUUCGGCGGCAGGACUCAACUAACGCAGGUUAAGCCAUUUUUAGCUGUUGCCUUUACCGGGGCGUUUAAGGACCUUCCGGUACCCAGCCACUGCCAUGCGCGAACUUUGGAACUGCGUCGCGGUGCCGACUUUGUUCGUUCGGAAAUCGAGGAGGCAAUCGAGGCGAGUUACACGCCCUUCCGAAGACCUACAGUAAUGCUUGGAUGCAAGGCAACCGCGGCAACUAUACUGGAAGACGAGCGGGUAUAUUAUCGACAAAAAGAGAAGUAUGUCCAUGAGUGUGUGGAUGCCAUAGCCAAACAAUGGCCCUGCCAGAAGCCCAGGCUUCCAGACAUCCCACUUGUCGCGAAGAUUCAAGCGUCCUUGGACUGUGAACGACUCUGCACGCGUUGGGCCCAGAAUCGGGAGUUCCUUGACUUCGUCCAGCAAGUGCAGGACCGACUGAACACGGAGAAGAUGGAGGACUUCACGGAGAACCACUUCCCUUUGCCUCCCAAGCGCGUGACCAUUCCGACAAUUCGCGCUUUUCAACCGCCAGAUAUCUUUGACCUGGUCCGGCUGUCUGAGCCAAUCACACCCCCUAAAACAGCCCCACCAGUCAGAUUCCCGCGAUACUGCGCACCGCAGUGGUACAACUCAAACACAGAGCUGGAGUCCUUGAUCCUCGAACUCUACAAUGACAGAUCGGACCCAUACCGUCGGGAGCUUGGGGAAAAUCUUCUUGAUAGCGUUGAAGCUCUCGCAAAAGCCGAACUUCCUUGCUCCUGUGCGGUGCCGGAUGUCAGACCCGUCCUAGUCCAAUACCAAAGGCGUUUACAAGGUCAACGAGACACUCUCUGGGCCGAUAUAUAUGCCACCUUAGUAGAAACAAAGGAGCACUGGCAGACAAUCGCUGGCCAUAUUGUGUGGCCGCAGGUCACUAUCUACGCGGUCGUAUCCUUGCUCGCGGUAGACCGAUGGGAACGCGUACCACCCGCGUGGAGGGCUGCUCUGUUGGUGCUAGCGGGGAUCAUCUCGUCCUUGCGCCGGUGCGAACGUCUUCUGGCAUAUUACGAUCAGAAGGAUGCCAACAACUUUUUUAAAGAAGCUGAAAAUGGACCUGGCGAUGGCUGGGAUAUAGCAGCGAAUCCAGACUGGCUUCUUUUUGAGAUCGAAAAUGAUCUUACGAUUCGCCAACCGCAAGCAGUCGUCGCGGCCGAAGAAACUAACCCCGAUCCCCCUGGAAAUGCGGUAUACCAACUGAACAUGGGCGAGGGGAAGACAACCAUUAUAACCCCGCUCGUGGUGAUGAAGCUUACUCGGAAUGGUGCGCUACCACAAGUCAUCGUGUUGAAGCCACUGCUGCGACAAAGUGUACACCUUCUCUCACGUCUUGGUGGUAUGCUGAAUCGGCGAAUAUACCACAUUCCUUUUUCGAGAGACACGACGAUAGACCAGAAUCUCGUUAGAGAACUGGAAGACAUCUAUAGUGAAUGCCAAGCUCGUCGAGGAAUUCUGAUUGCGCUCCCCGAGCACCUCUUGUCUUUUCGUCUGAUAGGGCAAGACCUUGCAAGCAGAGGCUCGGAUAUAGCCGAGCGAGUGAUCAAAUUAGCCGCUUGGCUGCAGGAUAACUGCCGAAAUAUCAUUGAUGAAAGCGACGAAGUCCUUGAUCCGAAGUUCCAGCUCGUAUAUACGGUCGGUCAUCAGCGGACCAUGGAUGGGCAUAGUGACCGGUGGGAAGUUGCACAGGCGCUGCUCACGCUCCUGGAGAAUGAGGCGCUGGAGCUACAGAGGGAAGACCCAACCUGCCUUGAUGUCGAACAACGCGGCGGCCGUUACCCAAUAUUCCACUUUUUGAAGGUUGGUUCGUUGGACAGUCUCAUAAAGAAAGUGUUGGUGGUCAUCGAGAAAGGUGGCCUGCCCAGUGUCCCUUUCAAUCAGUGGACCAGGCAAGUCCGUCGAAGUGCUUUGCACUUUAUCCGUUUUACUGGGAGCGUUUUCCGCGAUGAAAACGUCGUCCGCGAAGCAUUCGAAGGAGACCUCUAUCUGCGCAAACUGCUGAUCCUGCGCGGAUUGCUCGCUCUCGGGAUCUUAAAAUUCGCAGUCGGAGGAAAGCGGUGGUUAGUAGAUUAUGGCCUUCACCCUUCCCGCUGUUUGAUGGCCGUCCCAUUUCGUGCCAAGGGUGUCCCGUCCGAGAAUGCUGAGUUCGGUCAUCCGGACGUGGCGAUCGUCCUAACGUGUCUUAGCUACUACUAUCAUGGCCUCUCCCAAGACCAGGUGCGACAAUGUUUCAAGCUGUUGGCGAAAGAGAACGAUCCUGCAGCGGAGUAUCAGCUCUGGAUUACGAGAGGACAUUCUUCUCUUCCCAGAGGACUGCGAGACAUAACUGGAGUAAAUCUUGAGGACGCUCGAGCGUUCCGAGAGGUUCUUUAUCCCCAUCUGCAGUUUCAAAAGCACAUGAUUGACUUCUAUCUGUCGCGGGUCGUGUUCCCAAAGGAGGCUAAGGAGUUCCCUCACAAGCUUUCUACAUCGGCAUGGGAUCUGCCGUCUCGACCACAUCAGCCUCUAACCACCGGUUUUAGUGGAACGAAUGACAAUCGAUCGCUCCUUCCGCGAUCCACGCCGCAGCGAGAUCUGCCACAUCUGCUUCACACGAAUGCAAUGGUCCUAAACAGUCUUUUGCGCCCGGAAAAUCGCAAGUGCAUACUUGCUCAAGACGAUCAGGGUCGGCCACUUCGCACGCACCAGCUCAUAGACCUUGUGAAUGGACAAGAACCCUCUGUACGCGUGAUAAUCGACGUUGGCGCGCAAAUUCUCGAGUCAAGCAAUCGUGCGAUUGCACAAUACUGGCUUUCUACGACUCCAUCUGCCGAGGGGGCCUUGUUCUAUGAUGACAAUGAUGAACUGACCGUGGUCGACCGCGAAGGACAUAGGGAACGUUUGCUAGCGUCGUCUUUUCGACAUAGGAUGGAAACUUGUCUUGUGUUUCUUGACCAACAACAUGCACGAGGCGUUGAUCUGAAACUCCCACGAAGUUACCGCGCUGUUGUUACGCUUGGUCCUCGGCUGACAAAAGAUAAGCUUGUACAGGCGUGUAAUAGGAUGCGCGGGCUUGGCAGCGGCCAGUCAGUGAUGUUCCUCUCUCCACCAGUAGUCAGUCAUGAGAUGGGGGCUGAAGCCAAUCCUAUCACCUCUGCCGAUGUAAUCCGUUGGUCUCUUCGGCAGACUUGUGAUUCUUUGAAGUCUCUGAGUCUCUUAUGGGCAUCACAGGGGCUACAAUACUACAGGCGUAUCAAGCUUUGGGACAACCUUAUAGGCAACAAACACCCACAGGAGACUGUCGCACGCAUACAAGAACCAGAAGCCCGGACCUUGUCUGAGCUCUAUGCUCCCUGGGAUCCCAUCCAUCUAUCGAUGACAAACGAUGAGCACGACCAGAGUCACCCCGUAGUUCAGGAACUAAUGAGGGUAGACAAUGGAGCAGGAAGCUAUCCCAACCUUCAUGAGGAGCAGGAGCGUCAGAUCUCGCAUGAAAUACAAAGGGAACAGCAAGUGUGCCGGCCCCCCGGGGUUUCGCCUCUCCCUCACCGUCUUCACAAACAUGUCCGCUGCUUCGCACAACGGGGAGAAUUGCCCGCCGAUGGUACAUCAAAAGCUAUCCAGCCAGCGUUCGAGAAUCUGCGCCGGACACCACUGGGACAAUUUGACAUCCCAUCAACCAUAGCUCCGUAUUUGUAUGCCUCGAGAGAUUUUAUUCUGACUGUCGAGCAAAAAGGGGCGCUGGCCUCCGAUUUCCUAAAGCCAGUACACUGGGUGGUUUCGAACAUCUACGACUCCAAACUCCUUCUGAUCAGCCAGUACGAGGCAAACGAGCUGAUUCCAGAAAUUCGCGCCUCACAAAAGACCACCUUGCAUGUUUACGCCCCGAGAACCAGCAAGGGGAUGCGGUCGUUCAGUGAUCUCCGCUUUCUGUGUACUGGUGCGGCGACUGAAAAUGAGCAAUCCAUCCAUGACAACCACGAACUCGAAUUAUUCUCCGGAUCCCUGUACUUUCCAUCGUUCAAAACAUAUGAAAAUUUCCGACAUUUCCUCGGCCUGGUUACCGAGAGCACGAGUCGGAUGCUCGGUAACCGAUUGCCCACCGAGGGCUUCGUUGAUGAGCGGUUGCGGCGAGAGGUCGGUUGGCCGCUGCAUUCGCCAUUCCAGUCCAACCCCUUGCCUUUCUUAGGCGCACUCUUUGACGCCCGAAGUAAAGGCCACGGAUACCUUCAGACACAUAUGGGUAUGAUUCUUGGGGCUAAAGCUUUGACCGCGAGCCAAUUCUAG